UCGUAAGUUUUCUGCACCGCGCCAUGGUUCCAUGGCGUUCUACCCGAAGAAGCGUGCCUCCCGUCACCAGGGACGCGUGAAGGCUUUCCCGAAGGAUGAUGCCUCGAAACCGGUGCAUCUCACCGCGUACCUAGCCUACAAGGCUGGUAUGACGCACAUCGUUCGUGAAGCAGACCGUCCUGGUUCAAAAAUUAACAAGAAGGAAGUCGUGGAAGCGGUUACGAUUCUUGAAACGCCUCCACUGGUCGUCGUUGGAGCAGUUGGUUACAUCGAAACUCCUUUCGGACCACGUGCCCUGUGCAAUGUAUGGGCACAGCAUUUGUCGGAGGAGUGCCGUCGUCGAUUCUACAAGAAUUGGCACGCGAGCAAGAAGAAGGCCUUCACCAAGGCUUCCAAGAAGUGGACCGACGAUCUGGGUAAGAAGUCGAUUGAGGAUACCUUCAAGAAGAUGGUGCGCUACUGCAAGUUCAUUCGUGUCAUCGCUCACUCGCAGAUUCGACUGAUCAAGCAAGGUCAGAAGAAGGCCCACAUUAUCGAGAUCCAGCUGAACGGUGGUACCAUUGAGGAUAAGGUUAACUGGGUGAAGGAGCACCUGGAAAAGCCAAUUCCGGUGUCGCAGGUGUUCUCGCAGGACGAGAUGAUCGAUUGCGUGGCCGUUACCAAGGGUAAGGGCUUCAAGGGUGUGACCAGCCGUUGGCACACGAAGAAGUUGCCGCGCAAGACGCACAAGGGUCUGCGCAAGGUGGCUUGUAUCGGUGCGUGGCAUCCGUCCCGUGUCGCCUUCACCGUGGCCCGUGCCGGUCAGAAGGGUUACCAUCAUCGUACGGAGCUAAACAAGAAGAUCUACCGCCUCGGAGCCGGUAUCCACACCAAGGAUGGCAAGGUGAUCAAGAACAGCGCUGCCACCGAGUACGAUCUGACCGACAAGUCGAUUACACCGAUGGGUGGUUUCCCGUUCUAUGGUGAGAUCAAUCAGGACUUCAUCAUGAUCAAGGGCUGCUGUAUCGGUUCCAAGCGUCGUGUCAUCACGCUCCGCAAAUCGCUGUUGGUGCACACCAAGCGUUCCGCGCUCGAGCAGAUUAAGCUCAAGUUCAUCGAUACCUCAUCGAAGAUGGGUCACGGUCGCUUCCAGACUCCGGCCGACAAGCGCGCCUACUACGGUGUGCUCAAGAAGGAUCGUAUUCGCGAGGAGAAGGCUCAAGCUGCGGCCGCUGCUGCUGCAGCCGCAGCCAAGCCCUCGGCAUAA